AGCUAACAAGUACCUAAUAAAAAAUAAUAUGGGAAAAGAGAUAACGCCACUACAAGUCACAACGCUCACAACAGCGUUCUCGUUCACACAAUCACACCAAACCUCACCGAGGACGGGCCAGGCGUAUUUUAUUUAGUUCACUAUAUAUAUGCGUAUUUAGUGAACCAGUGUGUACUACACUGCCGUGUUACACGGCCCGUGUACUGACUAAUCGUAAAUCGUAACAUUCCAGUAAUCCAGUGACUUUCACGAGUUGUACGCACAACAGCCAACAGGUGAUACUCUCCGGUCAAUCCUUGAUAGGCUUUUAUCAAUUUUAUAAAAAGCAUCUUUAAUUUUAUUUUGUUUGGUCGCCAUGUAUCCACAAGUGAACAAAGAACAUGAUUUGCCAUCAGCUCCGCCAUCUUACUUCGACUCAAUGAAUGCUCCGAAGUAUGAGACCUACAAUCAGGGUGAUAUCGGAGGCCAUUCAUAUUCUUCAUCAACCAUGGGAGCUCCACAGCCAACUCGAGUGGUCAUUGUCCAAGGAAAUCCGGAAAUCUUACCACCAUUGGGUCCAAGAUCAGUGCAGUUGACAUGUCCAACAUGUAAAGCAUUAGUGAGGACAAAAGUUGAAGAAGAGGCAUCAUCUACUGCUUUUGUUUGUUGCAUGUUGCUGUUUAUUGUUGGGUGUUUUGUUUGUUCAUGUCUGCCAUUAUGCAUGGAUAGCUUUAAGAACAGUAAGCAUUCGUGUCCAAAUUGUAAUGCUUUCAUUGGGCUUUACAAACCAUCAUAAGCCAAUAAUAUUAUUAACCACCAAUUUAACCAAGCAUGCAAACUGCAAGCGUAUACAAUAUUUUAUUCCUCAUUAUAUUAUUACAUUCUAUUACAUUCAUUACUAUUUACUAUUAUUAUAUCUUUAAGUUUAUUUUUGACAAUAUUUCUUAUUUAGGAAACUAUUCUAUUUCUGAAUAUUAAUACACAAAACUCUGAUUGAACUUGUAGUAAAUAUAGUUAUCUGGGCAUUUCUGCUUCAAGUGUUCUCGUUUGAUGUUUAUACAGUUAAUAUAUUUGUGUUUUAUGAGAAGAAAUAAGUAAUAAUCUUUUAUACAACUGAAACGCAUUAAAGUUAUUUUGAAAAUAAAAAUCGUUCAACUAUUUAUUCAUUUUUAUUGUUAAAAUAUAUUAAAAUAAUCUA